AGGAGGAGGAGGCUGAGAGGAGAGAGGGCACCCCCGAGCACCAGGGUGCAUUGUGGGAAGGAGGCGGCAGCGUCCCGGGCGGGCUGGAGGUGCAGCAGCGGCGGCGGCGGCGGUAAAUCCUCCCGGCCGCUCACAGCACUGUGGAGCCGCGGCCCCAGCCCGGCCUCGGCCCGCGCGCCCCUCCUGUCCCUCGCGGCUUCGCCUGCCAGCCCCUCCUCCGCGCGCGCGGCCUGGCGUAGCCGGCCGGCUGGCCGGCCCAGCUCCCCUCCCCGGCCCCGCGGGGCGGCCGUGCUGCUGCCCUGACGAGGCGGGGAGGGGAGGGCUGGACCGGCCGGUGGCCGGACGACCAUGCCGAACUUCUGCGCCGCCCCGAACUGCACACGGAAGAGCACGCAGUCCGACCUGGCCUUCUUCAGGUUCCCUCGGGACCCGGCCAGAUGCCAGAAGUGGGUUGAAAAUUGUAGGAGAGCAGACUUAGAAGACAAAACCCCCGAUCAGCUAAAUAAGCAUUAUCGACUAUGCGCCAAACACUUCGAGACCUCUAUGAUCUGUCGAACUAGUCCUUACCGUACAGUUCUUCGAGAUAAUGCAAUACCAACAAUAUUUGACCUCACCAGUCAUUUGAACAACCCACAUAGCAGACACAGAAAACGAAUAAAAGAGUUGAGUGAAGAUGAAAUCAGAACACUGAAGCAGAAAAAAAUUGAGGAAGCUUGUGAACAAGAACAGGAAACUAACAACACUGCUCAGAACCCCAGUGCCGAAACAGGGAACCAGCAGGAUGGAAACGUGUUGCCUCUCACUCUCGAAGAGAAGGAGAACAAAGAGUACCUCAAGUCGCUGUUUGAGAUCCUGAUUCUCAUGGGGAAGCAGAACAUACCCUUGGAUGGGCACGAGGCUGAUGAGGUCCCAGAAGGCCUCUUCGCUCCAGACAACUUUCAGGCCUUGCUGGAGUGCCGGAUCAAUUCUGGAGAAGAGGUCCUGCGGAAGCGAUUUGAGACUACAGCGGUGAACACGCUCUUCUGCUCUAAAGCUCAGCAGAGACAGAUGCUGGAGAUCUGCGAGAGCUGCAUCCGGGAGGAGACGCUCAGGGAAGUGAGGGACUCACACUUCUUCUCUAUCAUCACGGAUGACGUGGUGGACAUAGCAGGAGAGGAGCAGCUGCCCGUGCUGGUGAGGUUUGUCGAUGAAGCUCACAACCUGAGAGAGGAGUUUGUGGGCUUCCUGCCAUACGAAGCCGAUGCAGAGAUUUUGGCUGUGAAAUUUCACACUACGAUAACUGAGAAGUGGGGGUUGAAUAUGGAGUAUUGCCGUGGUCAGGCCUACAUUGUGUCCAGUGGGUUUUCUUCCAAGAUGAAAGUUGUUGCCUCGAGACUUUUAGAAAAAUACCCCCAGGCCGUCUACACCCUCUGCUCCUCCUGUGCCUUGAAUGCCUGGCUGGCGAAGUCUGUCCCUGUGGUCGGGGUGUCCAUGGCGUUAGGGACGAUCGAGGAAGUCUGUUCUUUUUUCCACCGGUCACCACAGCUGCUCUUAGAACUUGACAAUGUGAUCUCUGUUCUUUUCCAGAACAGUGAAGAGCGAGGGAAAGAACUGAAGGAGAUCUGCCAUUCCCAGUGGACAGGCAGGCACGACGCCUUUGAGGUCUUGGUGGAUCUCCUGCAAGCGCUUGUUCUGUGUUUAGACGGCAUAAACAGCGACACGAGUGUCAGGUGGAAUAACUGCGUAGCGGGGCGAGCAUUUGUCCUCUGUAGCGCAGUGACAGACUUCGAUUUCAUCGUUACCAUUGUUGUUCUUAAGAAUGUGUUAUCUUUUACGAGAGCCUUUGGGAAGAAUCUCCAGGGACAAACCUCGGAUGUCUUCUUUGCAGCCAGCAGUCUGACUGCAGUACUGCAUUCGCUUAACGAGGUGAUGGAGAACAUCGAAGUUUAUCACGAGUUUUGGUUUGAGGAAGCCACAAACUUAGCAACCAAACUUGACGUUCAAAUGAAACUCCCGGGGAAAUUCCGGAGGGCCCAGCAAGGUAACGUGGAAUCUCAGCUGACCUCGGAGAGUUACUAUAAAGACACCCUCAGUGUUCCCACGGUGGAGCACAUUAUUCAGGAGCUGAAAGAUAUAUUUUCUGAGCAGCACCUCAAAGCUCUGAAAUGCCUGUCCCUGGUCCCCUCGGUGAUGGGGCAGCUCAAGUUCAACACCUCAGAGGAGCACCAUGCCGACAUGUACAGAAGUGACCUGCCCAACCCUGACACGCUCUCAGCCGAGCUGCACUGUUGGAGAAUCAAGUGGAAGCACAGGGGGAAAGACAUCGAGCUCCCGUCCACCAUCUACGAAGCCCUGCAUCUUCCAGACAUCAAGUUUUUCCCCAAUGUGUAUGCCUUGCUGAAGGUCCUGUGUAUUCUCCCUGUGAUGAAAGUUGAGAAUGAGCGUUAUGAAAACGGACGGAAGCGUCUCAAGGCGUAUCUGCGGAACACUUUGACAGACCAGAGGUCAAGUAAUUUGGCUUUACUUAACAUAAAUUUUGAUAUAAAACAUGAUCUGGAUUUAAUGGUGGACACAUACAUCAAACUCUAUACAAAUAAACCAGAGCUUCCUACGAAUAAUUCGGAAACCAUUGAAAAUGCCUAAAAGAUUUCUGAAAUGAUUGUCGUCUUUGUGUUUGCCGUUUGGAAGAAAAGCGUAAGGUAUAGUGGGUCAGUUAACUGCGCCUACCGCAAGACCUCCAGUCAAGUGCGUCAUUAACUGUUGGUAACCCACGUAUUGGCUCCUGUUUGAACUCUCAUGCUCUCUGUACCUGUCUGUUGUAGGAGUUGGCACCAGGAAUGUCAGAAUGCCUCCCUGCUGUGGGACUCGGGAACUGUUUUAAAGUUAUUCUAGACGUAACAUUAUCAUUAUGGAUUCAGUUGUCAGGUGGUGCGUUAUCAGGCCUUUGAAAAAUGAAUUUGUGAGAGAUACAUUUUAUAAUGUAUUACGAUGAAGUGUACACCAUUGACUUUUGACCUGUAGGAGUUAUGGGUGCUUAAAAUUUGUGGUAGCAGCACUUGGAAGGCAGAGGCAUGAGGAUCACAAGUUUUAGUCCAGCCUGGGCUACAUAGUGGGACUGUCUCAAAAAAGAAAAAGAGCAAGGGCCGGGGAUAGCUCAGUGGAGCACUUGCUGAGCACGUGCAAGCCCAAGCCUCAGGACUGCGGAGCAGAGAAGAAAGCAACAGAAUCCAACUGCACGAUGAGCAGCCCAGGAGUUACAGAGUCUGUGAGCUCAGUAAGCAGCUUUCAGUAGUCUGUGCAGGACAGAAGGACCUCAGAGGAGCAAGUGAACGGCAGAGCCAGGCGCUGUCAACCCACUUGGUUGUUGCUGUUUACAUUCCUUUGUCGAGCCCACAUUUCCAUAGCCCUUUCCACAGGUAAAUUCACUUUUGCUCUGCGGUGAAGACAGGCAAAGGCCACCCAUACAGGCAAUCGACUUGUCUGUUUUCUUGUCUUUCGUGAUUAUAUCUACCACCGUGUCUUGAUUUAUAAGCAAAACCUUCAAAAAUAAAUGUUUUGUGGUUUAUCUAAAGAGUAAUACAGAAAAUAUUACCGUUAUUUUUGGUGAAUAAAAUCAAUUUUGUACAGUUUAUUUCAAUCUAAAUAAAAUGUAAAUUUUGUUUAAAUUUCAAAAAUUGAGGUAUUUUUUGGCAGAUCAAAACACAUUCUUGUACAUUUUCCUAAAAUGAUUAUUUAAUAAUCAUCCUCAUGAUUUACAACUCAAGAUGAGAUACUUUCUACUUCUUUUUCCGUAUGUGGCUUAAGGUGUAGGAAAAUGCAUUUGUCGGAUACAUUUGCUGAAGCGCUGGGUCAAGCCCUGUGGUGUGUCAAAUCAGGACACAUUGCCUAUGCAGGUUAUAGAAGACGAAACGACUUUAUGUUGUUGGCAUUCUGCACGGUGUUUGUCUUUAACAGAGAACUGACCUAUCAGCCCUGGCCUGUCGUUUGUUUCUAGUUCUUGGGACACUUGUUCUUGUGCCUGGCAGGCUGUCCCAACCAAGGUCUGUUUCCUCUACCAGGCGUUGCUGUGAGGAUUAGAUAAUUUAUUCUUAAUGCCUUGUUGCUGCUCAAACUUAAUGGCUUAAAGAAAGCAUUUCACUUUUCACACUUUUGAGAUUGGUUAAACGAUUUCUUUGCAAAGGUCGUGUGGGCUUUCUGUCUUUUGUUUGGAAAUUUGUUGGUGUCUAGGUGGGAUGGUUGGUCUCUCUGUCAUUGUGGUCCUAGAGUACCAUGGUACCAAGGGUACUUUCAAAGCCUGACUCAGAAACUCAGGGGUAUCACUUGUACCACAUAUUGUCCAAGCAAGUCACUUGGCUAGCCUAGGUGGAAGGGAUGAGCAAAUAGAUUCCCUUAGACAGCAGUAGCUGCAAAAUAGGUCCUGUUUCAGUCCACCGCAGCCAUGUAGCCAGAAGCGUGUAAGGUGCCAUCUUCUGUGUUUGGGUAUCCUCUAGCUUGGGGCUUUGUGGAAGGUGUAAUGCGUGCCAGGCAAGCAUUCUGCCAGAGCUGCACCCUGGUAAAGCCCUAGUUUGUUAAAAAGGAGCUUUCAUGCCAGGUGUGGUAUAUGAUGAUCUCAGGCAGGAGAAUUGCUGUGAGUUUCAGACCAGCCAAGGUUACAAUAGUGAGAACCUGGCCGGGUGGUGGUGACGCACACCUUUAAUCCCAGCACUCGGGAGGCAGAGGCACACAGAUCUUUGAGUUCGAGGCCAACCUGGUCUACAAGAGCUAGUUACAGAACAGGCUUCAAAGCUACAGAAAAACCCUGCCUCGAAAAAUCAAAAAAAAAAAAAAAAAGUGAGAACCCCUUUUCACUAAACAGAAAAAGGAUUUUCAUAGUCUGUGUAGCUUUGGUGGAGAAUUUCUACUUUAUAAGAUAAGGUAAUUAGCUGGGCAGUGGUGGCGCACGCCUUUAAUCUCAGCACUUGGGAGGCAGAGGCAGGCGGAUCUCUUAGGUUCAAGGCCAGCCGGGUCCACAGGACAGUCGAGGCUACAAGGGGAAACCCUGUCUCAAAAAGCAAUAAUUAGAAAAUGGUGACUGUGGUGGCUAUCUAUAUCACAAAUGUGCCAGACUUCUCAGCCAAGUAUUGGCAGUAACCAAGUACACUAACCCACAGAACUUACAGCCUAGAGUUGACCCAUGGGACUACAACUGUAUUUUAUUUCUUAAAGAUUAAUUUGUAUUUAAAAAUUGUAUAUAUGUAGGGGGGGUAUGUGUGUUUGUGGGCACAGGUUGGAGGCCCUGAAGCCGGAGUUAACAGAUUGUUGUGAGCUGCCAGACGUGGGUGCUGGGAAUUGCCUGCCCUGUCUUCUACAAGAACACUGAACUCUCUUAACCAUCUAACCACUUCUCCAGCCCACCCCCAUCCGCAACUGUACUUUUAAAUAACCAUACACACAACACGCACAACUUCAGUAGAUUAGAUUUAUUUAAAUUAUGGCGAAGGAAAAGUGUCUACAAAAGCCUUGUGUAGUUUGAAGAAGUCUAUCUGGACAGCUUGCAAAAUGUCAUAAGAAAUGUAUUCAAGGGCUGGAGAGAUGGCUCAGUGGUUAAGAACACUGGCUGCUCUUCCAGAGGUCCCCAGUUCAAUUCCCAGCAACCACAUGGUGGCUCACAACCAUCUGUAAUGAGAUCUGGCGCCCUCUUC